AGCCCCACAGCUUCCCUGGUCAGAACCAUUCCUCCAGACCCGACCGAACAACAGACUCCAAUCAGGCAGCUCUUCAGUAACUGGCAUCUGAGGAAAUUUUUGUUUGUUUUCAUUUUUGUUUCUUUUGUAGACAGCUUGAUCUAUAUGUCUCUCUAUCUGAACACGGCGUCGCUUGCUGGAAACCUGUAUAUCAACUUCUUCCUCAGUACCUUCAUAGAGGGAACUUCGUGUGUGCUGAUGUUCUUUUUGCUCGAGAGGUUGGGAAGAAAGCUGACCACUUCCAUCUUCUUGUUUAUUACUGGUACAAGUCUCACAGCAAGAAGUAUUACUGUGAGCUUUAAAGACAGCAAUAUCCUCCAUAUACUUGGAACCGUGUUUGCUAUGUUCGCACGCUUUGGUAUCGGUGGAUCGACGAGUUGUCUUUUCCUGUAUAUACCUGAGCUUUUCCCCACAAAGAUAAGAAACUUUGCUCUGGGAUUGUCCACGGCCGGAUUGACGUUCGGUGGGAUGCUUGCUCCGUUCACAACUUUCUUGGCGGAAGUUGGGGUCUGGUUGCCUUGCGCUAUUUAUGGCACUUGCUGUAUCUUGGCGGUGCUCAUGCUGCGCCUUCUGCCGGAGACCAAGGGCAGAGAACUCGCACAGACUGUUGCUGACAUUGAGGCUUGGUGUGUAGCGAAGUCCCCAUCUGUUCAGAAGUGCAAAUCUUCAGAAGCAGACCAAGAAAUGGUUGCAGUAUAAUAACUGUCGCCUUCUGCUUUGGCUCCAGAAAAGAGAUUUGUAACAAAUCAUUUCGCCUUAUCCUUUUCGUCUUAUUGUUGUUAGCAAU